AGAGCUCAGUUGGCAUCAGAAACCUCCACGGUCCACACCGCAUCACGCCCUGAGUGGAAUGGAAGAAAACGACAAGAAAGAGCAUGGGGAGUACACAGGAGAGAUAAAGGGAGGGCUGCGGCCUUCAAUGAAGCUCGUUGUUAUGGGGAUUAUUAACAAAAAGCCCAAAAGCAUGGAGGUGACUCUUUCCAGUCACCCUCAGGAGGAAGAGGAGGAGGGGGACGUGGGUCUGCAGCUGAAGGUCAGCUUCAUGGAUAAAGCAGUCCAACGAAAUGCUCGCCUCGCUGGAAAGUGGGGAAAAGCUGAAAACACCCUCUCCUUCUUUCCUUUUGCAGCUGGAGAAUCCUUCAAGAUGGAAAUUGUCUGUGAACACCAGCAGUUUCGUAUCCUGGUGGACGGUCAGCCCCUCUGUGGCUUCUCCCACCGGUUUUCCCCGCUCGCCUCCCUCACUGCCUUACGAGUCUUUGGAGAUCUACAGCUCACCAAGGUGGCCUAACACCAGCGAUAGAAAAGAAAACUCACACAUAGGGACGUUCUGGGACAGUCAAAGAUUAGAAUAGAGUCAGUUUUUUAAUAAGAAUAAAUUUACCCAUAAUGGAAGUGGAACCUGCCUCGUAAUCACGUGUAAAGACAAAGUGCCUUCACUAGAUUACCUAUUUGGAGACUUGAAGAUAACGACCGACAGUCUAAAUGUCUUAAAGAAACCCAAGAAUGUGAUUUGACUAAGUUAGAAGCCAAUGAGGUCCAAGCUAGAAUAUUUUCCCUUGUUAGACAAACAUGAUGUGAUGGUAUAUCGGUUCUUUGUGCAUUAAAAAUCUCAGACUGAUGUCUUUGAUUUCUCUGGAGUUAACUUUUGAAAGCACUUAAUGUUUACGAGCGCCUGCAUGAAGAUGAAUGUUCCUGAAAACGAUUGUCAUUUGUGCCCGACUAAGUACUGUAAGGACUGUAAUUCACCAAAUUCACAUGGCAGCCUUUUCCCCAACGUCAUGUUCAGGAAGCAAAGCCUUUGUAAUGUUGUACAACUAAAUUAGAAUCCAGAUGAACAGGGUUAUAUUUCAAAUAUGAUAAUUUACAAGAACUACUUUUUUUUUGACACAAAAGAAAAGCAGGUUUUGAUUCUGACUUAAAAUCUGAUUUCAGUUUGAACCUUUUUCACCAGAUGCUGAAUGCGCAGAGAAGAAUAGAAAUUCUUUGUUUCUGUGUUGCAUACUGACAGAUUCAGAUCAGGUUAGUAUUUAACUGACAAGCUAUUGUCUAGUUAUACAUAGUACAAUAACACAACAGCAUCAAUCUUCAUGGAUGAGAUUUGAACACAGACGUUGCAGUUCCAAAAAUGGCCACUUGAGGCUGGAUCUAAAAGUGAGUCAGUCCCCAUAGAGGCCCAUAUUAAAAUCAUUUGCCAGGGUUAAAGCAAAAUUAAAUUGCUUUAAAUUAAAUGAUGUUUUGUUUUGUUUGUUUUAAACAAAAAAGGGUAACGCUAACAAAAAAUUAAACUCAAGCUUCUUAACUUACAUUUAACUAUGAUGUUGUUGGCCCUUUAGUCCAAAAUUUCAACAUAAAUUAGAGUUACAGUGUUAUACAGUCCUGUUGUGUCAUCAAAAGGGAUAUAUAAGUAUGGCAGUUUUCAGUAAUAGUUUACUUUUAAUAAAAAAUUAACUAACCGGCUGCCUGAAUUGUAAAACUUAAGUUUUGCAUUUCUAGUUGCAAGAAAAACUAAUCUUAGUCCUCUAAUGGUGACAACAGUACAGAAGUUUCUUUGAAACUGUCCUAUUUAAACUGUAGCGCUUGAGAAAUUAUGAACGAUCAGGAGCAUAAUAGUUGAUGCUAGCUACAUGCUAGUUGUCACAUAAGUUAACUUUGUUUAAUCCAAAUACUAAACAAGGCUUCAGUGUGGUUGAGUACUAACCAGUCAGGUACUGGGAGACAAAAACGAGCACAAGCAUUCAACCUAGCUAAUAUUCUUAGCUUAUAUUGAUGCUAGAUCCUUUCCCUAUUUAAAUACUAAUCAGUGUGCCCCAAAUUACAUACUUCUAUAGUAAAUACCAAAUACUUUUAGUACACGAGUGUGUAAAGUGCAUUCAAACUAAGAAGUAUACUCAAAUGUAGUAUACUAUUGGCACGCAGCAGAUAUUGCACUGUUAGCAUGCUGGCGCUAGUUAAUGUUAGCAAAUGCUAGCUAGAUAACGUGUUAUUAACAACAGCAGCACAUUUUAAUCAGAAAAAGGUAUGUAAGGCAAAAUAAGUUUGUUUUGAGUGCAUUACACUGUAUUUAAGGGUACAUGAAUACAGUAUACUAACAGAAAUUUGUGAUUUGAGACACACUGAACAAAUGACGAUGUUAUCUCUCUAGCUAACUAUAAAUGAGACAAAUGCUAUUGUUAGCUGUUGUCUUGUGUAGCUAAUGGGUUGCAUAUUUUGUUCUUUGAAACACUUUUAGUGCUCUUCCAGAUAGAUUAAAGAAACAUUUAAAUUAGCAUUUAUUUCCUAGCUUUAGCGGAAGCAGCAGAAUGCUAAAAUUAGCUUAAUAAUGAGUCGAAACAGAUUUUAUUUCAAUUUUGUCACAACAGCCCUGUACAGUACUGUAAAUACAGGCAAGAUAAUUUGCAUUAAACCAAUUACUAGCUAAUACUGAUGUUAGAUCUAUCCCUUCUCUGACCUAUUGUAGCCACUCCCGAGCUAGCAAGAAGCUUAAUUCUUAGUUUAGUUGUUGUCUAACUGCAGAUAAUAGGUUAUGUGUUUGUUUUUAUCUAGAAAUACCUCCAGAAUAACUAUAAUAUGAUAGGGUUAGCAUCAAGCUACCUCCUAGCUAAUGAGGAAGCAGUUGACUGAUAAAAUUAGCAAUUGUGAAAAUAUCAUGUAUGUACUUUUUUGAAAUUGUGGCUGAACAAGUUUACUUAAUAGUAAAAUUAGCCUUCAGCUACUAGCCAGCCAGGUAGGUAUGCUCAUGUCAGCUAAAUAAAAACAGCUGUCAUUGCUACAAUUAUUAACAUUUCUUAAUUUUAAAACCUGAAAUUCAGUAAAACAUAAUUAGCAUUAGCAUUUGAGCUUCUCAACUGAAGAGUGACGUCGGAGAAAAAGUCUGCCAUGUGAAUGUGGUAAAUAAUGUAAAGACAGUUUCUGUAGCGUACGCUAGUGCAUGCCAGUAACAGUUUAUUUCAGAUUAAAUACACUAGAUUAUGUCACACAUUGUUAUUAUCACUUUGUGUUCUUUCUCUUUUUUGAGCUUAGCACUUUUUAUGUGAAAGUUUCAUAUUGA